GUUUCCACCCAAAACCCUCGUACUUGUUUGAAGAUAAUACUCUUACGGUCUUACUUACUGGAAAAAACUCAAACGCGUCUCUCAUUUCUCUUUCUCUCUCCUCCUUUCCCAUUUUCCGUCCACACUCAAACGUCGCCGUCACAACCACCACUCACCGCUCUCUACUUUUCUCGCCCUCUUUCUUCCAAUGGAGUCUUUUGACAAAGCCGCGCGUUUCAUGGACGAACUCUUGGACUUCUCUUCCGACAUCGGUGAAGAAGAAAGCGACGAUGAAAUUCCCGGAAAUUCCUCCAAAAGUCACCACUUUCUUCACCACCAUCGCCUUAAUCACCGACGUCAUAACCGCCAGUCCCCUCCUUUUGCUCAGGAGUUUGUGGAGGAAGAAUUGGAGUGGAUAUCGAACAAAGAUGCAUUUCCAAUGGUGGAAUCAUUAGUGGACAUAUUGCCGAAUCAUCCGAGAAUAGCUUCGAGCUAUAAUACGAAUCAUCAGAGCCCGAUUUCGGUGCUCGACAACAGCAACAGCAGCAGCAGCAGCAGCGCUAACAGCCAUCUAACUCAUGGGAGUCUCAACAACAAUAACAUCAAUAGUAAUGGUGGUCGUGGGGGAAACAUGAUGUUGAUUAAUCUGUCAAGCGACUUUAAAGUGCCUGGUAAAGCAAGGAGCAAGCAUGGGAGAAAGAGGAGAAAGGAUAUGUUGGGAUCGCAGUUUAAAUGCUUUGUCUAUGAGAAGAAGGGUGCAAGGAAGCUGGCCUCAUCUGUGUCGGCGUCUUCGAAGUCAAGCUCCACUCUUGGGAGGAAAUGCCUGCAUUGUGGGUCAGAGAAGACCCCGCAAUGGCGGGCUGGUCCAUCAGGGCCUAAAACUCUUUGUAAUGCUUGUGGGGUUCGGUACAAAUCAGGUCGUCUCUGUGAUGAGUAUCGGCCUGCUAGUAGCCCAACCUUUUCAAGCGAUCUUCACUCAAAUUCGCACCGGAAGAUUGUUGAGAUGAGGAGGCAGAAGAUGCCGCUUACUGGCUCUGGGUCGAACUCGCUUGAGAUAGGUUAGGUUUUGUAGUUUGUUCAUCGCCUUUUCUUUCCUCACCGGUCUUUCUUUUUCGGGUUUUUAGCACAGAGUAGAAAAACAAGAGAAAUUUAGCAUUAAAGGGGGGUUGGCUUAAUUAUGUAAUGGGAUUUAGACUAAUGAAUUUGAUCACAUUGUUUGUUUUUUUGAUCGGAAGGAAGAGCAGAGUAAAAGAUCAAAGUUUUAGGGUCCAGGUUUUGGAUUUAGGUUGUAGUGUGUCCUUGGGUUAUGUGUUCUUAGAAUUAGAAUUAGAAUUAGAAUUAGAAUGAAUAGAAGUUGUUUUAGUCUAUGGUCUAAUCAUUCUUUGUUCAAUUGCUCUGGUAGUUUCUACCAUCAUCUUUAGGGGAAGGUGGAUGAUGAAAUUAGAUGAAGUUAGGUGUCGAAAAAAAAAGGGUCCGUAAUUCUGUAAGCCUAGCUGCCGCUUGUGGUUUUCGCCAGCUAGAUGAUACUUUCUCCUUUUCAGGCCACCGAGUUAUGGGAGGGAACUGUAAUAUAUACCGUAGUUUAGUUUUACCAGUUGAAGUGAUGUUGUGAGAAUAUUUGAUUUAGAUGUUGUAUGCUUCAUUUUUCCUGUAUGCCCUUUAGUUUGUUCCAGGAAUGAUAGGUAGGGAGUUGCUUGUUAAUGCUAUCCUGGUAAUGUAAGAAUAUUUGAUUUACAUGCUAUAUGCUUCAUUUCCCUUUCGUUUUUGAAUCAAGGUAUAUUCUCAGUUCCGGUAGUGA